UACAAAAUAUAUAUAUAUAUAUAAGAAUGCUUCUUAACACAGUGAGAUUUGUAAUCUUAAAAAUAACAUAUAUCCUUGGAUGACCUGACAGUGUAAAAAAUAUUUAGUAUAUGUAUUUUUUCAUAUAUAUAAUAUAAAUCCUGGAAUUAUGCGGAAAAAAUGGGUAACAUAUGGUAAUGGUGCAAUUUUGGUCACACCUUUGGCUCUCAGUUCGUUGGACUCUGAAUAAUUCAGUAACAGUCUUAAAACAAGAAGAGUUGAAUAGCUCUAUGAGUCACUUCUUCAAACACAACAAACAAGAAGCUAGAUAUAUCAAAAUUAAGGAGAAAAUCGAGCACGAUUCCGUACCCAAUUCUUACUAAUUAGAUCUUGUACACAUUUAUCUUUUAGGUGAUCUGACAGUAUAUCUAUAAGUCCAUUGAACUUGUUGAUUCGUUUAUUUGAUGAGUUUGAUAUUUGCAGGGGAAUUGAUCAAAAUGUCCAAUCCAGUGGAGGAAAUUGUUGGUGAAUCUACAAUGGAGAAUAAGCAAAAAGCCUUAAAUCACAAUGAUUUUUCUUCAUCAUCAACAACAGAUGAUUCUAGACGUCCAAUCGAUAAGAAGAAGUGUCAUCUCUUCAAUCGUCACAAACCUGUCCACUCUAUUUUAGGUGGUGGCAAAUUGGCUGAUAUUCUACUAUGGAGGAAGAAGAAGAUUUCAGGAGGACUGCUUGCUGGUGCCACAGUCAUAUGGUUUCUUUUUGAAUGUAUUGGUUAUCACUUGCUCACUCUUAUUUGCCAUUCUCUCAUAGUCUCAUUGGCCAUCUUGUUCUUUUGGGCCAAUCUCUCCCUCUUUAUCAACAAGAGUUUUGUAGAGUUACCAAAGAUUGAAUUGCCAGAAGAGUUGUGGAUGCGAUUGGUCCUCUUACUGAGGAAUCAAUGCACCUGUGCAGUUGGUAUCUUUCGGGAAGUAGCAUCCGGAAAUGAUUUGAAGAAGUUUCUAUAUGCAAUUUUUAGCUUGUGGAUUGUUUCCAUUGUUGGCAGAUGGUUCAGUUUUCUGACCCUUGUAUACCUCAUAACUGUCAUGCUGUUGACAGUACCAUUUCUCUAUGAGAAGUAUGGACAUCAAGUAGAUACCUAUGGAGAAAUGGCUAUAAAAGAACUCAGGAAACAGUAUAGUCAAGUGGAUGAGAAAGUUCUUCAAAAACUACCAAUUCCUUUCAUUAAAGACAGUAAGCAGGAAUGAUGCAACUCUUCUCUCAGACAGAUAUUGCUUCACUUCAACAGUAGAUGCAGUCUUCUACUAUUUUUGUUUCAUAAGCCGUACUAAACUUUACAACACUCGGUUUCAUCCUGCAAUAUUGGCUAAUUUAUCCAAUCUUGCUGAGACGGGUUGCUUUGGUGGUUGUCCCCCAUCCUAAUCUCCGUUCAUGCAUUUAUUGGUUGAUGUAGAAAAAUUGUUACACUAUCAUGUUCUGGCAAUUCCCAUCAAAAUAACCAUAUUUGAUAUAACAUGGAGUGGUCAAAAACUAAAUGCUCGAAACAGACAAAGGUGACCAACCAAAUAAACAGAGUAGUAUUGCAAAUUAAAAUUGAACCACAUACAGGAAUUUGGGAUGGAAUAAUUGGUGAACCAAAAAAAUCUCUUAGAUCACAUCAGAAUUCAGAACUAACAAAAAA